GCUUCCGAUCCGUUGGGGUGAGGUAGCACGGAUCUGGGAGGGCCUGGGGGGCCACGGCCGGGCCCCCGUGAGGCGCCAUGGCCCUGCCGGAGUGGCACAUCGCCGUGAAGCUGGCCGAGCAGCCGCUGGCCCCCAAAGCCAUCCUGCGCCUGCCGGAGACCGAGCUGGGCGAGUGCCCGCUGGGCGGCUGCAGCAUCUCGCACCUCAAGCAGCUGAUCACGGGCAAGCUGCGGGAAUCCAUGCCGGACCCCGAGCUCAUCGACCUGAUCUACUGUGGCCGGAAGCUGAGGGAUGACCAGACCCUGGAUUUUUAUGGAAUCCAGUCUGGCUCCACUGUCCAUGUCCUGCGCAAGUCCUGGCCUGAGCCUGACCAGAAACCAGAGCCCGUGGAUAAGGUGGCAGCAGUCCGGGAAUUCCGUGUGCUGCACACUGCCCUGCACAGCAGCCCUGCCUACAGAGAUGCUGUCUUCAAGAUGCUGGGAAACAAGGAAUCCCUGGAUCAGAUCAUUGUGGCUACUCCUGGCCUCAGCAGCGACCCCGUGGCUCUGGGAGUUCUGCAGGACAAGGAUCUGUUCUCUGUGUUUGCAGACCCCAACAUGCUGGACACGCUGAUCCCGGCUCACCCUGCCCUGGUGAACGCCAUCGUGCUGGUGCUGCACUCAGUGGCGGGCAGCACCCCGCUGCCAGCCCCGGACACGUCCUCGCGGGCCAUGGCCCUGGGCUCCUACCGCGACAUGCCAGGUGGCUUUCUCUUUGAGGGGCUCUCUGAUGAUGAAGAUGACUUCCACCAGAGCACCAGGUCCACCCCUUCCAGCAGCACGUCCGGCUCACGCCCGGCCUCGCUGGGCUACGCGGGGGCGGCGGGGCGGCCCCGGCCCAUCACCCAGAGCGAGCUGGCCACAGCCCUGGCCCUGGCCAGCACCCCCGAGAGCAGCUCCCACACACCCACCCCGGGCACACAGGGCCACUCCUCCGGGACGUCCCCGAUGUCAUCCAGUGUGCAGUCAGGGACACCCAUCACCAACGACCUGUUCAGCCAGGCCCUCCAGCACGCCCUGCAGGCCUCAGGGCAGCCCAGCCUCCAGAGCCAGUGGCAGCCCCAGCUGCAGCAGCUGCGAGACAUGGGGAUCCACGACGACGAGCUGAGCCUGCGGGCCCUGCAGGCCACAGGAGGGGACAUCCAGGCUGCCCUGGAGCUCAUCUUUGCUGGGGGGGCCCCCUAAACCUUCCUGCUGGACUGGUGAGUUGUGCUGAGGCAGCAGCUGGGCUGGUUCUGUGCAUGGGGAGCACUAAAGGCAGCUGCAAAUCCUCUCUGCAACCUCCUCAGGACUCAGCAUGGAGAAGGGAAGAGGUGGCUCGGUGCUGGAGACGUGGCCCCUCCAGCUGUGCAAUGUUUUAUCUGUCACCAUCCUCUGCCUGAAUGUUGUUUCAUUCCCUGCAUUAAAUGGGCCCUGCUCAGCUCCC